AUGUACCCUGUCGCACGCAGGUCUUUGUACGGUUACAAUCAGGCAGCCAACAAGUCCUUUAAAAGUAGUUAUAUUCCAGAUGGCGUCCGAACUGUGAAGGAAUUCGAAGACGGAAUCAACGCGUUGUUUGUGCCUGCAGGUGUAAAAAAUCGACUUUGGAGACCUUAACGGUACCUGUAUUAGCAAUCUAACUCUUUGUAACGAAUUAACUGUGUCUUUCCUCUUCAAAACUACCAGUGGCCACCACAAAGAUUUAAAUGAUUUAAAGAUUUUUGACUCUGGAGUGAAAGAUGGCAGAAGUGAUGAGUAUGAUUGGUCCCUUGAAGUUGGAUCAUCAGUCCAAGUGAUGGUGUCUUACGGUAAAAGCCACAUAAAUAUGGGAAGUCUACUGGCAAAGGCUGCCUGGAUAGUUUGGCCUUUACUUUUCAAAUAG